UAAUUGCGCAACAAGUUCGCAAUAUACAUCCUAUUGCCUUGUCUUGAUGCUGAGCCGAAAAAAAUGAUUUAGAUUGCAUGGCAUAUUUUCCUACUCAGAAAAUUCGUUGCGGCUCUCUUGUUUUUCUCUCAUUUGGUAGAGCGAUAGUUGUAUGUGUGUGAUAAUCGCGUGUCAUCUGGCAUCAGACGUUAAAUUCUCUCAGACUGCCGAUCAGCCCUCGUAUUCAACUUCCACACCUCUCCGAUAAUAUAGAGCGAUCAGUUGCUCUGAACGGGCGUUGCGUUGUGUCGUAUCUUUAUCGAAGUGAUUGUGCUUAUCAGAGCACCAAAGAGUUACGGUAAUACACCGUCGAAAACAUCGGAUUACGGAACAGUGCAAAUUCCUUUAUUGGAAGUAUUAUACAGAGGUGGUGAUUCAUUGUGUUUGAAGGUUUCCCAUCUCGUUCUGGAGCUAACGCUUCUAUUUAAGGUGUAUGACGGCCUUGGUAGUUGGAGGAGAGUAUGUAGUGUUUUCUUUUCAUUGGUAAAAACCAAUAUUUUUUGUUUAGUACAUGUGCAUGGUAUUCCUCAUAAAAAUCGUGAAAGUAUAUUUGAAGCCCGUUUUGAAAGGAGAAAUUCAUCUUAUGUACACGUUUACUUUCAUAAGCUUGACGCAAGUGUAAAGUGAAGAUACAGUGUGAAAAGAUAGAUGUUAGCUUAAAAAACUCGGCCAACAUAAAGGAGAGAAAGGAGAAAAAAUCAUUCGUACGUGGAGUGUGGAUUACUGAAUAUAGUUUCUCGCUGCCGCUUUGACGCAGCCAAUCCAGUCAACUUGAUCAAACCGAGGUAAUCUAUUUAUUUACGGUUGGAAAUGUAUUCUGGAAGAAUGGUUAUCAACAUUUUACUGUCGCUUCCGAUUGCCGAAUCGUACGGUCGGACGAACCUCCAAUAAUGCGACGCGUCCGGCGACCUGUUUCAAAUCACAACUCCUGGCACUCGAGAGCGUUCUGAAACAGUAUCAGUGAAGGAACUUGGGAUUAUUGCUCUGCUGGAUAGGGCAACAGGACUUAAGAUAGCCACUUCCGCUCAUGACAAGCUGACUCCUGAGGAAGACCAACCAAAGAGCGUGAAUUCAGUAAAGACGUAAGCGAAAGUGAGUUUACCAGUUCCAGGACGUUUUUCGUGCGAUAAUACUUGUCGAGGGCAGUGUUAGUGUAAAGUUUAGGGACAUAUUGAGUCGACGCGGGAAACGAAGCGAAAAACUAGUGCUAGAUAAUAUUGCAAAUAUUCAAGCCGUCAAAAUAAGUGCGUCCAAAAUGUUCAUCGAAGAAGAUGCUCACAUGGAAAGCUUCUGGGUGCAGACGGCCAUUGGGGCCAUCAAGAUCAUUGCCAUGGUGUACGAUAUCAUCACAAUGCCGAUGUACUUAAUCCUGCAGCAACCCUGGAAGCGGAGAGCGCUGGCGAAAAGAAUUAAGGCGAAGGUAAUCCAACAGGAUGCCACCUCCAUCACAUAUCGUGGCGUCGACGAGCCCAGCGAGAUGCACGUUAAGAUGCUGCAGAACAACAUCGACACGCUGGAGCGGAUGUUCAACUUUGUGACGAAAAUUCACGGUGCCAAGCGGUGCAUCGGUACUCGCAAAAUUAUCAGCGAGGAAGAUGAGGUGCAACCGAAUGGUCGUGUCUUCAAGAAGUUCAACAUGGGCGACUACAUGUGGAGGAGCUUUAUCGAGACGGAGCAUGCGGCGGCCUGCUUCGGGCGUGGUCUGCGUGAGCUGGGUCAGCAGCCCAAGCAGAACAUUGUGAUCUUCGCCGAGACGCGCGCCGAGUGGCUGAUUGCGGCUCACGGGUGUUUCAAGCAGAACAUGCCCCUGGUGACGAUCUACGCUACACUGGGUGACGAUGGUAUCGCUCAUGGUAUUAACGAGACCGAGGUGACAACGGUUAUAACGUCCCACGAGCUGUUGCCCAAGUUUAAAACGGUUCUGAAGGUCACACCCAACGUGAAAAAGAUCAUCUUCAUGGAAGAUCAACUCCACAAGACCGACGUCACCGGAUUCAAGGAGGGCGUGGAAAUCAUUCCAUUCUCGAAAGUCAUCGAAACGGGGGAAAAGAGCAAGUUGGUUGGUAACUCUCCAUCGGUCGACGACACCGCAAUUAUUAUGUACACGUCCGGUUCAACCGGAACGCCAAAGGGUGUGCUGCUUUCCCACGGAAAUUGUAUUGGUACGAUGAAGAACUUCUGCGAUAUUUUCAAAAUCUACCCAGACGAUGUGCUAAUCGGAUUCCUCCCACUGGCCCACGUAUUCGAACUGCUCGCCGAGAGCGUCUGCCUGCUGAAUGGUGUCCCGAUUGGUUAUUCCACUCCGCUGACACUGAUCGAUUCCAGUUCAAAGAUCAUGAAGGGUUCCAAGGGUGAUGCUUCGGUGCUUAAGCCUACCUGUAUGACGUCCGUACCGCUCAUCCUGGAUCGUAUUUCGAAGGGUAUUAACUCGAAGGUAAACUCCGAAGCACCCAUGAAGAAGGCCUUCUUCAAAUUUGCCUAUCAGUAUAAAUCGAAAUGGGUCGCCCGUGGAUUCCAAACUCCACUUCUGGACAAGAUCGUUUUCAAAAAGGUAGCUCGGCUGCUCGGCGGACGUAUUCGCAGCAUCCUGUCUGGUGGCGCGCCGCUUGCGCCCGAUACUCACGAACAAAUACAACUGUGUCUGUGCGUUGAAAUGAUUCAGGGUUACGGGUUAACGGAAACGACUGCUGGAGCAGCCGUCACAGACAAGCACUCCAUGGAAUACAGUGUGGUCGGAGCACCGUCAUCUGUUAACUACAUCCGAUUGAUCAAUUGGGAGGAAGGCAACUACCGGGUUACGAACAAACCGUAUCCACAGGGAGAGAUCGUUAUCGGAGGCGCCAAUGUUUCCAAGGGUUACUACAAGCUACCUGGUAAAACGGAAGAGGACUUCUUCGAAGAGGAUGGCCACCGGUGGUUCCGAACCGGUGAUGUCGGUGAGAUCCAUCACGAUGGUGUGCUGAAGAUUAUUGACCGUAAGAAGGACCUUGUGAAGUUGCAAGCAGGCGAAUACGUUUCGUUGGGCAAAGUGGAAUCAGAACUUAAGACCUGCCCUGUGGUGGAAAACAUUUGCGUGUACGGAGACUCAACCAAGCAGCAUACCGUGGCGCUGAUUGUUCCGCAUCCCCAGCAUCUGGAGGAGAUUGCCGAACGGCAAGGUAUCAAGGGUGUGGCGUUCGAGGAUCUGUGUUCCUCCCCGGUGAUGGAAAAGGCUGUCGUGCAUGAGUUGGCUGAGCACGGCAAGAAAUGCAAACUGCACCGGUUCGAGAUCCCUACCGCCGUGACACUCUGCAAGGACGCGUGGACUCCCGACAUGGGCCUAGUUACGGCAGCGUUCAAGCUGAAACGCAAGGACAUCCAGGAACGGUACAAGGCCGACAUUAGCCGAAUGUACGCGUCGUCGUAGACAGUGAACGCGUCUGCUGAACCUCACACAAGACGUGGCUUUAGCGUUUAGCAUCACCCUAUUAAUACUGCUUCGAACAUCACUUAUGUCGUUUAUAGCGCGCGUGUUGUUUGUAUGUAAAGCUUGAAUGUGUUGUGUGCGAACAGACCGAGUCAUUGAUUCAUUUGGUGUAUCAACGCAUCAUAAUCAAAGAUCACAUUGACAACUUAUACAUCCAAUUUGAUUUCUGCGUUGUAUUGUAUAGAAAAAUUCUUGGCAACGUUUGUCAAACAAUUUUUGUUAAUUUGUUGCGUAUGUAACGUCGAUUUUGGAUGAAAACGGAUCUAUUCUGUUUCUAUUGUUCUUAUUCGUUCAUCUUGUUAGGUAAACUAUUCGGUCUAUCUGGAAUAUAUUUAUUUUCCGUAAUUUUUUCCAACACAAGCUCUAGUUUUUCUUCUCCAUGUACACACUCUAAAAUAGAUGUUUGAGACAAACUGUACAAGAGUGAGCGAUGUAUGAAAAAAAAUCAGCGUGAGAAAAGAUAAGCACCUGCGUAGGUGUUUUCAAUUUCAAAUUUGAAUAAAGACGACACUCUUACCUUGUGUCGUCGUUUGAAGAGUAAGCGCGUAGAAAACUAGUUGUAAAGCAAGCGCUAGAUAUUGUUAUUACUAACAAAUUGGUAUUUAUAGACAACUUCCUGUAGAGAUUAGGGAUUCAAAGUACUUUUUUUUCUCUUCAUAUUGGCACUCAAUGAGACGGAACCGCGUAUGUAUAGAGGUAAAUAUUAUGGAACGAGUAUAUUGUAAAUACUAUAAUAUUAAAACCAACGGAAGAGGGCAACUAUCAAAGCUAGAUUUUUUUGCGUACAGAAUGACGACAGGAGUCUGAUUAGUUUAAUAUAGUUAAUGUUGAUAGGUAACAUCUCGAGGAAAGGAACAAAACAGAAUCACAUUUGUAAAUAAUGAACGACAUUUCCGUGCAACCCGUACUGCUGCUAGCCUUUCAAUAGCUUCCUAUAAAGAGUGAUUCGUGAGCUGAUAUCUAGAGGGACAUAAUAGCUUCGGUGUCUCGGCUAAAAGUAUCGCCCAAUGAAGAUUCAUUGGUGGGUACCAUUUAUACCAACUUUUUUCAAGCGAACAAAUUCAAUUAUUCUGAUGCUACAGUUAACUUUGUCGUGAAUGAGUCUAAACUCUUCGAAUCAAAACAACAAGCAAUAUACAUUUUUUUAUUGAUUAGUGGCGAAAUAAAUACGGUACUCUAUUAUUCUGAUUAAAAUUCACACAAAUUUUUCAGUUGAGACACAUUUGUAUUUGUCAGUCAAUAAAACGACGGAAAUGAGAAAACAAUAAAAUGCUAGUUCAAAACCGGCUAGUGAGCAAACUAGGAGUGAAAUAAUAACAGAAAAAGGGUUUUGUAAGUUAGUUAUUACUGAACAUAGCUACCAAAACGGUGAAGAAUAAAUAAGGAACUGUGAAAA